UCGUAACACAACGGUGGGGUUACCUUGUAAGACUGAACAAAAGGCAGAAUUUUUUUUCACACGUUAUUGUUUUGUAGUAAAGCCGACUUCCGUUCAGCAAAUUUAACCUCCGAGGUAAUUUUUUUCAACGAGAUUCUGAGGGUAGCCAUUAGUACGAACGCUUGUGAGUUCUUCACCUUUCAUGAGACCUUUCUGAUCUUUUUUGGAGAUAUUAAGUCAAGCGCGAAAUUUCUCAAGGUCCAAAGUGCACUUCCCAGAUCUGGAAGUCUGCUAUGACUGGUUUACGUUUUUUUCCGCUCAAGGCAGCAGACGUUCGUGGGGCAGGAACGCGUGACGAACCCCUGAGAACAUCUGCGUAGGAGGCUACUCAUCAGGCUCAUCUAAACGCUUUAAGAUUCCCAACGCCCUAAGAUUCCCUCUCUAUCCCAUUAUGGCUCUUGUAUGAAGUUGUCGAUGAAAAUAAAAUUGUUAUGAGAGACGAUUUCUCACCUUGCUGUUUGCUCGCGCUUCCCCUCCUUGGCCGGUAAUAAAGUCCAUCAAGUAUAUAAACACUACAGGUAUGUACUACAGAUCUCUUUCACUCUGAGAUAAACAUAUACAUAUAAACCAAACAGUACAUAAAAUCUUGUGAGAAGCAGGAAAUUAGUCGCCGCUCAACGGUCGGCUAGAUGGCACGAUCGUCUCCGAAUCGCGAUAAAGUAGAACUUAUUGAAAUUGUCUUAUGAAACCAAUAGCAAGCAUCUAAGGCCACUUUGAAAUCUUGAAAAUUCUCCAAAUCGCUCUCUUUCGUAAUAUUUUUCAGAAAAGGAGGCGGUGUUUUGAUCCUUGGGUUUGAUUCAUCUUUGUUACGAGAUGCGAACUCGAUCGUGUCACGAUUGAAACAAGAAGACGCCCGAAGGCGUUUACGCGGGAUGUGUUGGUGUAAGAAAGAAUUACCGAUAUGUUGGAUGGCAAUGGAAAGUUGAGUAGUGUAUGCAAAAAAUGUGUGCAGGAGAGACGGAGAUGUUCUGUUAAAAAUAUGUAUGUGAGGUCAUGUCAAUCUGGGCGGAAUUGCAUUUCUCUGAUGCUGUAGCCAUCUCCAUUGCAAAUGUGGGCGAUCAGAUUAUUUGGCUUAAUUCAUUGAUAAGAAUUGACAAUCAGCCUGUAUUCCGUAAACACUGGGUGGAUCAUGGUGUCUGCAAAAUUUCUCAUCUAUUAGAUGAGGGUGGGAACCUCCUCGGAUAUGAUGCCAUGAAAUCAAAUUUUCAGGAGUUAAAUUGGUUAGAAUAUUGUAGUAUAGCUUCAGCUGUCAAAUCACUUAUAAAUAAAGUGCAAAAUGAACCGACGUACGAGGUUGUUUCCACCAAGGGAACAUCUAUAACUGAAUUAACAUCUAAAAGUAAAGUUAAGAAAUCACGUUCAUAGUCAAGGAUUAUGUUACAUGUGAAUUCACGUGAGACGAUCUUUGAACAUCAACGCGUGCCCGCUGCCUGAUUUAACAACAUUUUUUUAAAGCUUUUUGAUAGACAUGCUACUUAUUGCUACUUACAAGUCGACCUCAAGAGUUUCUUAGCGAGCGGAACGUUCUUUUUAGGCGGCGAAGCCGCCGAGUGAGCUACUAUUUCGCAAGAAAUAAAUUCUAGACAUUCUUAGCUUUUUGACUGUAACACAACAGAAACAAGAAACCAACACCAGCAAGUCGCCCGGCUGGGCCACCUAGACAAUAUUUUCAGUCGCCCGAGGCCAAGUCUUGCGCCGUUAGAUCUAGUGCACAGCCUUGAGUCUUCGUCCUCCUCUACGCUGUAAUCAUACUUUUCCCUUCUUUGCUGACGCAGUAUCUUUUUUUCUGCUUGUGCAAUCCAAUCUGACUUGCACGUGAUUUGCAGUUGCAGCCAAUAAAAAUCACACAAUUUUUCGGGACAGGCUCGGGAUACGGGAAAGUUAAAAAAACAAGGCAAUUUUUGACUCCCAAGACGACGAAAGGAAUAGGCUCCCGAAUCUGACUACGUCAUCCCGCGUAAUGAGGCACAGUAACAGUUUUACCCAUGAACCUUUGUGGGUCGUGACGCACAACGCCUGGUCCGGGAGAUAUCCAUUUCUGGAUAUUUAACAAUUAUUCGCCGAAGGCCAAGUUAAUAUUGUUGAACAAGAAGACGCCCGAAGGCGUUUACUCGGAAUGUGUUGGUGUAAGAAAGAAUUACCGUUAUGUGGAAUGGCAAUGGAAAGUUGAGUAGUGUAUGCAGAAAUGUGUGCAGGAGAGACGGAGAUGUUCUGUUAAAAACUAAAACACUAGAAGAUGAGUUACACACAAGGGUUCCUUUGCUACUCAAAACAAAACUUACAUCAAUAUUACCACCAUAUAUGUUAGGAGUAUGGGAUAGCUAAAAUUUGCAUUCCUUUACUAAUGUCCUCAAAAAAUGCACUUCCACAUUCAACAAUAACAUGAAUGUAUCAUACUUCCAAUAACUACAGGGCUGCAAGGCUGUGCUCUAGGGAAGAUUUCAGAGAGCCCUUCGGGCUCCCCAAGCAUAUUUAGCUGGGGUGCCCGGGCCUCCAAGUUGGUCGCCCAAAUUAAUAAAUCAAUGAGCUGUUAGUUAAUUAUUAAAAAUUAAACAGAUUAUUUUCUUAACAAGUCGAGCAGAAUUUUGUGAAUACAGUAUUUUUUUCAUGAAAAAUCACAUCCCUAAAUGACCUCCUGAGCGUGCGAAAAAAAAAAACCCGCAUGUUGUCAUAUGAAAGUAAGUUUUCGUGCCAUGAGAAACAUGGGUAACGCCGCCGAAUAUUUCAUGUUUUUUAAAUGGAAAAGUAACAUUCUGGUCUGUUUAGGUAUUUUUUAUAAAAAAGAAAAUUGGGGUCAAAAAUAAGGGCACUAUUCUUUUUACUAAUCAUUUUGAUUUAGGUUGAAAAGAAAAUUUGCUUAUUAAGAUUGACUGAGAUCCCGUGGAGCUUUCCAGGAAAACUGUUAUGAUUUCAACGAAACCGCGGUGCCCCCCGGGGGGUUACUUGGGGUAAUUUUUGCUGGGUAUGUGCAGCUGGCCUCUCAGAGCCCGUAGACCCCAUAUUAGUCACUCUUGGGCAAAUAUGUAAUUUUUGCAAUCCCAACUUAGUCACUUUCUAUUUAUUUAUCUACCUUAUCAAUCCUUUAAACAGGUCAUCAGAAAAUGAAUUGACCCAUUUUUUAGUAAAUUGAAUGAAGAACACUUUACUUUUCACCUACAGUACAAAUAUCCUGAACAACUCUCUUACCCCAAAAAUCCGAAAUUGUUUGGCCCCAUUCUAGUAACUCUUUUGAAAAUGCGACCCCAUUAUAGUCAAUCCAGUCGUGAAAAUGCGACCCCAUCCAGCGGCAUAUCUCCCCAUUAGCCUCUUAUAAGGAAGUGCCCCCCCCCGGGCCGCCCCAAAACUAUCAUCUCUUUUGAAUAGAUCAUCUUGUUGUAAAGUCGUGGUUUAAGCGCAUAAACGGAAGUAUUUUCUUUCUAUAUCAUCGGUGAAAUGUUCAGGACAAAUGUGGAUUCGGUUAGCUUUCACGUAUUUAUUUUUAGUACAUGAUACGUAAUGCCUUGUCACGACACGAAAGACAAUGCGGGAUUUUAUAGAUUUAUACCCCCUUUAUACCCGAUUCUAGAACAAUCACAAUAAUAGUCGUCUCUUUUCUUUUUUAUACAUCGUAUUUUACUGGAAUAACAAUCUUAGUUAUGUUUUAGCCUCGCAGACACAGCAGUAAAAAAGGUAAAAAUAUUUAACUAACAGAAAAGACCAACUCCCGUGUUUAUUCAGCGAUUUUUCAAAAUACAAAACUAUUGUUUUGCGUCGCCGACCGUACUUUACGCCUGUUAGAGCAAAAGUAACAAUUUUUUCAGAAAAACUUACCAAUGAACCAUCCUAAUUUGAAGGAAAAUUUUCAAUGCUAUCAUGAAAAGCUGUUACUAUCGAAAACUGUGCAGCUUGUCAUGUUCAUAGUCAAGGAUUAAGUUACAUGUGAAUUCACGUGAAAUGACCUUUGAACAUCAAUACAAACAACCCGUGCCUGCUGCCCGAUUUAACAAGAUUUUCUUAAAGCUUUUUGAUAGACAUGCUACUUAUUGCUACUUACAAGUCGACCUCAAGAGUUUCGUAGCGCGCGGAGCGUUCUUUUUAGGCCGUGAAGCCACCAAGCGAGCUACGAUUCUAGAGUAGCCCCCCCCGGGAUUUACCUAUUGCAAAAGCGUCUUGUGCGACUCAUAACAAAAGCUCACUAUCUAGCAAAUACCGCCCCUUUAUUUAGCCAGCUUAAAGUCCUUGACAUAUUUAGUAUUAAUUCAUUUUCUGUCGCUACCUUUAUGUAUUCUUAUCACUAUAAUCUUUUGCCUAAUAGCUUUCAUGACUUGUUCUUAAGUAGUAAUCAAGUCCAUCAAUACGAAACUCGACUAGCCUCUCAGUAUAGACCUCAUUUUUGUAGAACAAAUAUAAAGCAAUUCAGUAUCCUUUACCGAGGACCUAAAAUCUGGAAUUCGUUGCCUGUUUCACUAAUUAGCUCUCCUUCUAUAUCUGUUUUUAAAAAAAAUUUAAAGAAUUAUCUCACUGAUAGCCGAUCUGUCGUUUAAUUUUCUGAUCUUGCUCACUCUGCACUCAACCGUGAACUUAGUUCACGAGCUAGUUGAAGGAAGCCUAUUAAUAUAAGCUUCAAGCUUCGUUAGGCUUCUUUGUCACAUUAAUUUUAUAAUUUAAUUAACACCUUUUAUUCAUGUCGUGUAAGGUUUUGUGAGUGACUAAAUAAAUAAAAUAAAUAAAAAUAAAAUAAAUAAGUAAUAAAUUCUAGACAUUCUUAGCUGUUUGACUGUAAAUCAACAGAAACAAGAAACCAACACCAGCAAGUCGCCCGGCUGGGCCACCUAGACAAUAUUUUCAGUCGCCCGAGGCCAAGUCUUGCGCCGUUAGAUCUAGUGCACAGCCUUUACUCUUCGUCCUCCUGGAGCUACGCUGUAAUCUUAGACCCGGUUCAGACGCCGUACUUUUCAUGAGCCGAACCUAAUACAUUGAAUUAAGUACACGAAAGGUUCGGCGUCUGAAUCAAUUAGGAACGCCUGUUUCAAUUUGGAACGGCUCAGCCGUUGUUUUCGCCUUGCCUGGCCGGGAAUUUCGCCUUUGGAACGACUUUGGAACGGCUUUGAUUCAGACGCCGAACUUUUCAUUUACCUAACCUAAUGCAUAAAUUAUUAUAACGUUUUUACUAAGAUCUCUAAGCAGUUUGACCGAAAUGAGCAUAUUUCUCCUCCUGAAUUUAGUUCGGCUGGAAUUAAGAUCGGCGUCUGAAUCAAUUCAGCCGGUCCAAAUAAUUUGGGUCGGUCUUAAUUCGAAUUAGGUUUGGCUCAUGAAAAGUACGGCGUCUGAACCGGGCCUUACUUUUCCCUUCUUUGCUGACGCAGUAUCUUUUUCUGCUUGUGCAAUCCAAUCUGAGUUGCACGUGAUUCGAAGUUGCAGCCAAUAAAAAUCACACAAGUUUUUCGGGACGGGCUCGGGAUACGGGAAAGUUAAAAAAACAAGGCAAUUUUUGACUCCCAUGACGAUGAAAGGAAUGUGCUCCCGAAUUUUUAAAGCUGGCUGACUACGUCACCUAGGUUAUACGUCACCCCGUGUAAUGAUCCCCGAGACGAAGUCGAAGGGAUUAUUCAACAAUAUUAACUGAGCCUGAGGUGAAUAAUUGUUUUAGUAUAUUCACAGGAAGUGAUCUCAACAGAAUCAGAGAGAAAACCAUUAAAAAGCGAUUAAUAGUUUGAUUGACGGGUGAAUUCAUGCGUGAACACGAAGCCGUAAACAGUGGAUGCGCAAAAGUUAGAUCUUUACAGUAUCUUCAAACAUGGCAAAUGAUAGUUUUAAUCUUUUUGUAUCGAGUUUUGUAAGCUUUAGCAUCAACGGUUUAAAAGAAAACGCCGAAAAUUUAAAUUUCUACGCAAUUCUGAGAAGAAAAGUAGAGCUUUAUUUGUUUCUGUCAUCUCAACGUGAAUGAGAAAGUUUUCUUUGUCGCUUCUUGCAAAUGCUGUCAACAGCGGCCACGAUAGCCACGAUAACCGUGAAAACAUGCCGAGAAAUAGGCCGAAGUUUUAAAGAAAGUCUGUUAGAAGGUAAGCUUCUUUAUAACAAAGUAUAAAUAUUUUGAAUGUAUUUUUAAAACAAUUAUUGAAAUUGGCUUUCGUAUGAAGUGAAGAAGGAGGCAGAUCUCGGAGGAUAUAAUCCACCGAGGCUCCUCUACCUACAUACAGCUGCAAUUCUUCACAUCCUACUCACCCUCAUUCAACAAUUGCUAAAUAUCUAAUCCAGCAAACUCUGUGGAUGGUGAGCCAUCCACACAUCUAUUAUGUUUUGCAAUUUGUACGUUACUAAUCUUCUAAUUAUCAUUCACAGCUGUGACUCCUGCUCGUCCUGCAAGGAAGAAGAUCUGUAAUAUCGUGAAAACAUGCCGAGAAAUAGGCCGAAGUUUUAAAGAACGUCUGUUAGGAGGUAAGCUUCUUUAUAACAAAGUAUAAAUAUUUUGCAUGAAUUUUUAAAACAAUUAUUGAAAUUGGCUUUCGCAUGAAGUGAAGAAGGAGGCAGAUCUCGGAGGAUGUAAUCCACCGAGGCUCCUACAUACAGCUGUAAUUCUUCACAUCCUACUCACCCUCAUUCAACAAUUGCUAAAUAUCUAAUCCAGCAAACUCUGUGGAUGGUGAGCCAUCCACACAUCUAUUAUGUUUUGCAAUUUUUACAUUACUUAUCUUCUAAUUAUCAUUCACAGCUGUAACUCCUGCUCGUCCUAAAAAGCCCAAAAAUCCAACAAACUCUGUGGAUGGUGGACCAUCGCCCAACAUAGACUCUCCUUUGCCUGCUGGUUCUGAUAUCGCUAAUGGUGAGUGUUGUAAAUCUCAUUAAAGUUGCUGUCUGCCAUGAUUAGGAGGCAGAGGCCAUCUCUAUUGUUUCCAUGUGUUUGUCUGUGACUGAUUCAUCACAGCCAGUGUGAGGUCACAUAGUAACGGGCGAGAGCUUCGGCUCACUUGUGCAAAUUUGCAAGGGACACUACAGUCAUUCGAACAAGAGACCUCGGGGAUAAGAUUAAAAGCUAGGCAAAUAUUGCUAUACAUUGCUAAUUUGAUCAUAAGUGUGUGAGCUGUUGUUGCUUUUUAUCUGCUUGUGUAAAUCGUCUUGGUAUUUUGUGUCCGUAAUUGUAUAAUUCUCGCCCGUCAUUAUUAUGUGACGUCGCACUGGUAGUGAUGAAUCGUUCACACACAAACACAUGAGAAGGCCCCUCCCUGCUGGCGACGGAAGAUGUUAAUUAAGGUGUUUAAAUUUUUGUGUUGAUUUUGCAAAAUUUCAGUUUACUUGCGUUAGUCAUAGAGUUCUUGUUUAUUGUUGCUGUUGCGGUUAUUACGUGUAAUUUUGUCACAAAGAACAAUGACGCACAAAAGGUACCCCACGACGUAAAGGGAAUGACUUGCACAGACCGAGCUCAAGCUUCCUAACGUCCGACGCAAACAGGAAAUUCAUAUAAAAAGUUGAAAAUUUCAGGGCAACAGCGAUCGGAAUUAAAACUAAAAUGGUUACUUAAAUAUCAAAUUUCUCGUCGUUUUUACAGAAAAUACUGACAAGGGCGGGCUAACCAAGCGAAUAAGGCCUUUAUGAAAAAGGAUUAGAAGUUAACAGUGUCUAACUCGUCAUUUCCUAAAAUUUUAUGUUAUGAUUUAUAUGAAUUUUGUGUUUAAGUUCUUUUAGCACUUUUGGGAAUAGUUAAGUAAAGAAAUUUGCAGCCAAAUACCGAUUUUAAUAUUGUGGAAUAACAAACGACGGUAACUAAAAGACCUUUACAAGGAUCUCAGAAUUGAAAAAAACAACAACAACAAACAAACAAAAUAAUCGGUUACAUCAAAGUGUUUAUUUUUUGAAGUAUAAAUGGUAAGCAUAAGGAGCAUCAGCCCGGCAUCUGCCUACAAACUUUCGCAAAAGAUCUACCACAAUGUAAGCAUUUAACAAAGUUCUUCAUUUGGUCUUGGCUAAACUUAAAGAGAAUGUGUUUUAUUUCUAAGUGAUGGUCUGUUGUACUGUUAAGACCCAAAGAUAACACCUAUAAUUACAAUUCCCAAAACAGAACCAUUUGAUCUUGAGCGAUGCAAAGCCCAGUUGUGCACGCAUUAUAACAGCACCAUGAGCCAAGUGAGAAUAACGCCGUGGGACGACGACAACACCGUGGACAUCGAUGCGGUGUACACUACGUUAUCCUGGACGAGAGACGUGAGAACACCGAGUGGUACAAUCAAGAGGGAUCUUGACGACUACACAGAUAUUUUCAAAGGAGACGAACGUAUAGAGAAUCCAAAAAGAAUACUUGUCUAUGGAAGGCCAGGCAUUGGCAAGUCAACCUUUUCCCAGAAACUUGCUGUCGACUGGGCGAACAGACGUAAAGAAAACCUCGAAAGAUUCGAACUUUUCCUGCUAAUCAAGCUGCGAGACGUCGGUAUAUCCCAAGAUUUGCCUGCCAUUUUGAACGCGUCUAAGCUGCUUGCGGCAGAUGGUUCGACUUCAUCUGAAAGCCUCUACGAAUUUGUCCUUCACAACCAGGAGAAGGUGUUACUUGUUUUCGAUGGCUUUGAUGAGUACGGCGGAGGGAAAAAAUCACCAGUCCAUGAGAUAUGGAAGGGUGAACAGUUGAGAGAUUGUUGCGUAAUCAUCACAACUAGAGAAAUGGAAGGUGGAGAGCUAAUGAAGGUAACUCCUUUUCAGUUUGAGAUUAGAGGAUUUCUUAAAAAAGAGCAAAUUGUCUCUUUUGCAAGCAGAUUUAUAACUGCUCAGGAGGAGGUCGAAGAAUUCUACUAUUAUUUGGACAAACGAAAUCUCCGAGGCUUAGCCGAGAUACCCCUUCUUCUUCUAAUGCUGUCCUUGAUUUGGAGGAACAGGGAUUGUAAAGAACUGCCAGUAUCCCAACUGGGACUGCACGAGCGCUUUGUGCAAACGUUACUUCAUCAUAUGGACACAAAUGAUUUGGACAAUGGACGUGAGAAAAAGACACAAGAAGAAGAAACAGAAAAUGAGAAACAAAGCGAAAAUGUUCUUGUUAAGUACAAGUACGAGCUUACUGUAAUAGGAAGGAUGGCCCUUGAAGCCCUUCUGCUGCAAAGCGCUCCUCACAUUGACUUAAACGAAGUAAAUGUAGAAUCUGGUGGUCUUACCUACAAAAUGAUACGCUCAGGUCUCUUCCAGUUUUCAAAACUUGCAGUUGCCGAUCCAACUAAGAGGAUCUUCUUUCUUCACAAGUCGAUCCAAGAGUACCUUGCGGCACGGUAUAUCAUGAACGAAGCUGCACUAGAGGAAAUUGACGGGAAAUUUACAGGAAUUGACUCGUUUGACAAAGGUUUUCGUCUUUCUCAUAUUUUAAGGUUUAUGUGCGAAUGGUCUCAAGAAGGCGCGAUGGCGGUUUUUACCCUUCUCGAGUUCUUAGGGAAGAAAGAAAAUCUCUCAAAGUGUUCUCUUUCCAAGACACCAUGUAUAUAUGAUCUUUCACGAGACCAAAGAUUGUUUCGCGAUGUGUGUCUGGGAUGUCUCCUCAGCUGUUCUGUCUCAUUUCGGCAGGAUCUUUUUCAUUCGUUUUUGUCCUGUGUGGAUGACGUUGUUACAGUUAAUGAUUCAAACAGAAAGAAACUAGCUGCGGAAUGUUUACCUAGAUCUGGCGGCUCGCCAGGCUACGUAUUCUUUCAGGGGUCUAACCUUCCUCUCUCGGUCUUGGCUGAUUUGAAAGCCCGUGUUGUUACUCCAAGAGGCCUGGAGCUUAAUGCACACGCUUUGGUCGAGAGGUAUGUGCUAUCCUCAUUAUACCCAGAACAUUUUUUUCUGAUCAAUGAAGGAGGUCAGUUCUACUUGUAUUUUGCGACCAUUUUGCGUAAAGAACGAAAUCGCUAUGAUGAGAUGCUCUUGGAACUCACACGUACGGAGUGCCGAUCGUUAUCCGCUCAGAAUUGUUUCUCACUAGUUCGUGACUUUGCAUUUUUCUUUAGGCGAAAGGAAGAGUUGAUGUUUCUGUUUGACUUGCUGCCUUGUGUGUCCUGCCCUAAGAGUGUUAUAAUCAGUGACUCAAAGGAAAAGAAUUGUACUGAUCCCGAGUUGGAAAAGUCUGUUAUCUCCAAAAUCAACGUCACCGACAACCUCUACAGAUUAAAUCUCUCUGGGCUUGAUGUGACAAAUGAAGAUGUGGCCAAGCUACACCUUCCCUCAGGAUGUGAAGUGGUAUACCGAUGAUUGACCAAAAUAGGUAGAUUGACGAAAGUCGGUGAACAUCGUGUCUGCUGGAUUGGAGCCGUUUGGUCGCCUACCUUUUAUUCUGUUGUAGUUUAGAUUCUCGAAGACGCGCGAGCAAGACCGACAAAAAUAGCGGAGAAACUAAAGAGAGGAUAGGAAACACGACUAUGGGCAUUCGAAAUCCUUUCGUUCCCAAAACUGGCUAAAGUAGGGAAGAAACAAAUGUUGUUGUACGUUUACAGCUAAGCUAAGUUGAGUUGACUUUUGAUAUUAGUUACAUUGUUACGUUAGAUUAAGGAAGCAAGUUUCCUUAUACUUAAACUUAAACAGUUUGUUAGUGAAAGCCUACCUCCUGGUUCUCAUUUCACUACACCUCCAAUUACGGCUGAUAUGGUAAAGGCAUACUUACCAAAAUUUCCAGCCAAAAAAGCAACUGGAAUUGAUGAAAUCAGUUGUGCUCUUCUGUGCCUAGACAUCACAGGACUUGCCCCUUCAAUAGCAAAGCUUGUAAACCUGUCGCUUUCAACAGGAACUUUUCCUUGUUGUUGGAAACAAGCCAGAGUGUCCAGUCCGGGCCACAACCAGAUCUGGAUAUGUAAUUUCCUGCAAUCAAAUUGGCUCAGAGCUCAAACAAAACAUUGACUUGACCGCGAAAGGACUAAGCUCGACAGAAAUGUCGAACAGGGAAACUUCGAAGCAAAUAGGUGUCGAGUGCUUUGGGUGGAAUAUACCUUGAAGAAAAGUAACAGCAAUACGGAGCCUAUUAAUCGAGAUUAUUUUAUGCGUCAUACCGUUCGAUUUACGAAUAUCGAGAUGUUAAUGAUCGAGAACGCUUUCUGUAAACACCCGGCUAACUCAAUGUUGUACCCAAUUCAAAUCUCCCGGGGUUAAGAUUCUUUGUGUAUUGUAUUUGCAUCAUAAUGUGGC